AUUUCAUUUUUCGUCGGGCCACUCUAUUUUUGCGCCCGCCGAUUUUCUAGCUGGUUUACCAGACGCGGAGGAUGUCUUUAUACCGGGACGGAAAAGCCGCGACACUUCAGGUGUCCAACGUCCGUCGUGAGAGAAAACCGUCGCCAUGGAGGAAGACGAGCAAAAGACGGCCGUGAUGCGGAAGGCAUUCCAGAUGUUCGACACAACGAAGAGCGGCUUCAUCGACACGUUGAAGAUCUCGACGAUCUUGAACACGAUGGGCCAAUUGUUCGACGACGCUGAGCUAAAUGCUAUUAUCGAGGAGAACGAUCCCGAACGAUCGGGAAAAGUGAACUUCGACACGUUCUGCAGGAUCGCUGGCCGAUUCCUGGAGGAGGAGGACGCGGAGGCGAUGCAGGAGGAGCUCAAGGAGGCCUUCCGUCUGUACGAUCGCGAAGGGAACGGUUACAUCACGACCGCCACUUUGAAAGAGAUCCUCGCUGCCCUCGACGACAAACUGACCAGCGCCGAUCUCGACGGUAUAAUAGCUGAAAUCGAUACCGACGGCUCGGGCACGGUCGACUUUGACGAGUUUAUGGAGAUGAUGACAGGAGAGUGAUGAUGAGUUUGAGGCUACUGACAGAGGACACGCUAACGUUGUUUUAAUAUUUGAAGCAGCAUCGGCCAGCUGGCUCGAAGUUUGUUUAAUAAAAUUAUUGUUUAAA